CUCUCCCUGUAAUCAUAAUUUUGUCGUCUUUCAGGUCAGUGUGAGUUUUCGAUAAAACCUACUUAGUUGUCGGUAUUAUUAUUUCAACCGCGAGGUGUCCAUUGAUAGUUAAUUGUACAAAUGGCCACAAAUGAAGGUGACAAACAGUAUCAGCACAAUGGGGUAGCUGAAAGAGAAGAAAGAGGUGGGAGGGUUUCUCAUAUGAAUGGAACGGGAGGUGGAGGGGGAACCCAUUAUGUCGAUAAUCUGACAGUGGAUGUGAACAUUGUAAAUGGGAGCAGUGGUGGUCUCUCCUUGUCCAGUGGAGGACUGGCAAUGGCAAACUCGUUUAGUGCGAACCAAAUCGUCAGUCCCAAAUCUCCACACUCAGCUAGAUUUGAGCUGCCGAAGCGGGAGCCGAGUGAGAAGGAUUUGGAGAAUGAAAUGAUAGCGGAGCAGGUGGAGGGUAACUUUUCCACUGCCAUGGGUAUGGGCAUGGGUGGAUCAGGGGGCAUCGAUUUGGAUGAACAGCCGCCCAUCCUCACCAACGAGGACAAGAAACAUCAAGUGGACCGUCAGCUCAGCAGUCAGGGGAGGGCCAAUUCAGUUGCAGUGGACGGAAGUGCGACGACACCUCAUGACCUAAUCGUAUCUCCUCGAUCAAGCUUUCGGAAGCAGCACUCGGAAUCGGAAAGUAUCGACACCAUCAAACAUCCGGUGAAGCGGAAAGCGAAUCAUCCUUCACCUAGACAAGUGAGCACGUUGGAUGUCCUCUUCCCCCGGGAGUCCGCCGCUGAAAGUGAUGAUAUCAAGAAGACCUCCUUGGAAACGGCCAAGAGCAGUCUGGGUCUGGAUUCUUCAGGAGGUCUGUUGAUCAACGCAGCUGCGAAGUCUCUGCCUCUCGCCAAGCCCCAGUUCAGAGAGAUCUUGAAACACACGUUAAUAGACAAGGAGCUGGAUGACUACCAGAGGGUCCAAAUCACAGAACAGUCUCUGGAUUUCACUUCUGGCGUAGACGAGGAUCUGCAAUCGGCUUCGAAGAAGUUAAUCAGUGCGAUAAAAAUCAGAGAGAGAUACGAGACGAUUUCACAACAGUCUUUCCCGAAUACUGUUGCUGCAUUCAUACACAAUGCACACGGAUCUAGAGCUACCGACAAAUGCCUGGACAAUGUGCUGCAGACAUUUGUUGCCCACAAACUCUACUCGCGAGACACGCCCUUCAAAGGGUUUGAUGAAACCAAAUUUGAAGUGGCCGGUGCUCCUCUGGGUGACGAUGUGUCGAGUGAAGGUCUAUCGAAGUUUCCAACGGUGGAACCGGUAGAGCCGAAAGCUGGAGUGUUUGCCAAAAUGGUCGACGGAGUGUUCCAUCUCUUUUCAAAAACGACAGUAGAGAGCGAUGAAGCAACAGAGGUGGAGGUGGAACUGGACUAUCCCUAUCCUGAUCGAGAUACCUUUGUGAAAGAUUUAAACGAACUGUUGGCCAUAACGGCCCAUGGCCCCACGAGAUCUUACUGCUACCAGAGACUAACUUUUUUGGAAUCGAAAUAUAAAAUGCAUUGCUUGUUGAAUGAAGUGAAAGAGUUGGCGGCUCAGCGCAAAGUUCCUCAUCGUGAUUUCUACAAUGUUCGCAAGGUAGACACUCACAUCCAUGCUGCGGGAUCUAUGACCCAGAAACAUCUGCUCAGAUUUAUGAAGAAGAAACUCCGGAAGUACCCAGAUGAUAUAGUGGGAACAGAGAGUGGAAAACCAGUUACUCUGGAUGAGGUUUUUAAAAAGAUGAACUUGACCUCGUACCAUCUGUCGGUGGAUCUGUUGGACUGUCACGCAGACCGGAACACUUUCCACCGCUUCGACAAGUUUAAUGCUAAGUACAACCCCAUCGGAGAAUCCAAGUUACGCGAAAUAUUCAUAAAGACUAACAACAACAUGAACGGACAAUACUUCGCCGAGAUACUCAAGGAGGUUAUUAGUGACCUGGAGGACAGUAAGUACCAGUAUGCAGAGCCCAGGAUCUCCAUUUAUGGAACUGACAUAGAUGAGUGGAAGCUGUUGGCACACUUCGCCAUCUCCAACAAUGUCUUCUCCCCACACAUCAAGUGGCUCAUACAGAUACCACGUGUAUAUGACAUCUUUCACAUCAAGGGUCUGGUGAAGAACUUUGGAGAGCUAGUCCACAAUAUUUUCGCACCCUUGUUUGACGCCACUCUCUACCCUGACAAACACCCGGAGCUAUACCAGUUCCUUCUCCAUGUGAUAGGUUUUGACAGUGUGGACGAUGAGAGCAAGAAUGACACGAUUCGUUUCUGCUCCACCAACCCCACCCCCGACAACUGGACCAGUGACAUCAAUCCAGCCUACUCAUACUACAUCUACUACCUCUGGUCUAAUAUGGUCGUCCUCAAUGCACUCCGCACGGAGCGUGGCCUGAACACUUUUGUGCUGAGACCACAUUCAGGCGAGGCUGGUGGUAUUGCUCAUUUGGCAGUGGCAUUUAUGGCAGCCGAGAACAUCUCACAUGGUCUGCUCCUUAGAAAGAGUCCAGUGUUACAGUACCUGUAUUACCUGACGCAGAUAGGAAUAGCGAUGUCGCCCCUGAGCAACAACUCACUGUUCCUCAACUACCACAAGAACCCCCUCCCCGAGUUCCAUGCCAGGGGUCUCCAGGUGUCCCUCUCCACCGAUGACCCCCUUCAGUUCCACUUCACCAGGGAACCCCUCAUGGAGGAGUACAGCAUCGCCGCCCAGGUAUGGAAACUAAGCACCUGUGAUAUGUGUGAGUUGGCUCGCAACAGUGUGGUCAUGAGUGGAUUCGCCAGCGCCAGAAAAGCUAUUUGGCUCGGCAAGAACUGGAAGGACGACGGACCCGGGGGCAACGACAUCAACCAAAGCAAUGUUCCGGACAUUAGAGUGUGCUACAGAUACGAGAGUCUAGUCCAUGAGCUGAUGCUGUUAAUAUACUUCAAUCAUAGACCAGUGCGACCUGAAGAACAGUAAAAAAAAUAUAUGCAAUUUUUAAUGCAAAUAAAACUGUAAUUACUUUAUCCAAGGUCAUCAUUUUAUAUCGUAGCAGGGAUUCAUCCUUACUUCUGUUUGUAUUUCAGAAACCUCGAAUUAAGUUUGCAAUUGUAGCUAAAAAGCGUGUCAAUAUCAUUCAGUGUGUGUUUCUAACGAAGAGAGCGGGUUGAAUUUCUUGGCUCUUUUCUAUUAUAGCACACUGAGCACUUUACCAAGAAAAAAGACAUAGACCCACAAAGCAUUGAGUUUUGUAUUUUAGGGGUCUAUAAUUUGCUCUGUGGAGGGAAGGAAGCUAUAAUGGAAAAAAUUCUUUUAAUUUUUAUAAUAUACCAUUCCGAAUUUGUAUGUCCACUACCCUCCUUACCUAACGAAUUUGUAUAAAAACAAAUAAGAAUGUAGCUAACUUUGUAACUCUAAAUUGGUGAACUGUGAUGAUAGGCGGUACUCUUGUAUUUAGUUUCAUUAGGUGCAUCAGGAUUUUAAAGACGCAUAUAUCAAAUUGCGCCCAUGAAGCGUCGAAAUUUACGAGAAUUUUUUUGUAUGAAUUUUUUUUUAUAUAACAAAUACAUGUUCUGCCCUACUUAGCUAGGAGUUACCUUCUUUUGUAUCAAAUCACCUUUAAAACAUCACAUUCUUCUGCUCUUUGAUCCCAUUAUAGCAGGUGCUAAUAUUUAGACAUUUCCUUUGUAUAGAUAAUUAGAAAUAAUAAUUUUAACUUGAGUUUGGUAUGUGAACUUCACGAAAGUGUGUUUAUAGAUAGAUAUAAAAGAUUGUGUUUAGAUGCGAAAUUGUCAAAAUUAUAAUUUAGAUUUGAUGAAAA